AUGGAGUUUGAGACCACCAGAAGCAGGGGAGCUAAGUACCCAUACGAGGCAAGCGACGAUAGCAGGAGAGCUCCAAAUGAUGACAGAGGCGUGGAAAGGUAUCCACGGGAGAGACACAACUCGCCAAGGGCACGUAGAAGUAGGUCUCACUCAUAUCGAGGGAAAAGAAACUCAAUGGAAAAUCACGCAGGUGGCGACAGGUACCAUAUGGAUGCAAGAGGAAGAAGAGAGAGGAGCCCAGACAGUAACCAUCCCUCACGAGAGUCACACAUAAAGAGGAGUGAAGACAAUUCAAUGGACGAAGCAAGGUGGCGGGUUAGGAGAGGAGAGCGUGAUAAUCGUGAAGAUCGUGAUGAGCGGUUAGAACGAGGGGAACGCCGCUCCUACCGCGGACACAGUGACAGUCGAGAAAGGAAGGAACGCCGAGAAAGGCGGGAUCACAGAGACAGGAGAGAAAGACGAGAUAGGGAUGGAAGGAAAAGGAAGUCCAGUAGACUCAACCCGAAUUUGUCUUCCUCCCAUGAGCGCUCCAGGUCGAGGGAGAGGCGAAGAAGGAGGUUACAGGCAGAAUGCAUUAAAAAAGCAGGAGGAUUUAAAAAGCUAGCUGACAUGGAAGGACAUGAAACAACGAGCGUUUUUUGGGAUGGGUUCCAGUGGGUAGCGAAAACGAAUCACUCAUCUACCUCGCACUUAGAUCCUGCAGUAAUGAACUCCACGAGAAAAUUGAGACGCCUAUAUUUUGGUAAUUUACCUCUACAUCUAGGAUUAUCAGAAAACGAAUUCCAAGAAACUAUCUGGGAUGAGAUGAAGAAAAGAAAGUUCUGUAAUGACGAUAACAUCAAUCCUGUUCUUUACGUUUGGUUUGCCAAAGACAAGGGUAACUAUGGGUUCGUUGAGUUUUCCACUGUAGAGGAAACAGAGAGGGCUCUAACCAUGGACGGUAUGCUCUGUAGGGGGGUUGCGCUUAAGGUUUCCAGACCGAAUGACUAUUCCUCUACCAACACGAUGAAGCAUAACCAACCGUCUCUGCUGCAGAGCGUUGGCGCAGUGGCUAGUGGAGUGGCUACCGGAGUGGUUAGUGGAGUGGUUAGCGGCGGGGGUAGCGUGUACGGCAAGCCCCCCCCACCACCAGGCGCUCCCCCUCCAUCCGUCCUGACGGGAGCAAUGGACAACCAAAGUGACCUCGAAACCAAGUACCUACGCGUGCUAGAAAUUGUUUCUGAACAGUCAAUUAACACUGAAGAUUAUUCAUCUAUAGUGGAAGACAUCAAGGAUGGCUUUCACUCACAGGGAAUAAUAAUCAACGCCAUUUUAAUAACCCCCAAGUAUGCACACACAACCCCCUUCAGUGUAGGAGAUGUUUUGAUAGAGUUUGAAAACGCUUCUUCUGUGGACAGUAGCAUUGCAAAUAUGUCCAACCGUAAGUAUGAAGGAAGGAUAAUUAGAAUGGAAAAGUUGGAUGAAGCCACUUACGACAUGCACGUCAAGCCCAUCAUCAGGGAUCUUUAUGAACAAAAUGGGAUAUAG